AUUAGUACAUCAAAAGUUAGAGUCACAGUAGUCACAAAGCCGUCCAGUUUAAUUCUUUAUUGAUUUACAGGAGAGUUACAGCAUGUUUAAGUUUCAUUUUCCUUACGGGUGGAGUCACAGUCUGUCAACUCUUGCAUGACACGUCAUUCUCUCAACGUGUGUUUUGAAAGUGCACAUCAGCUGUCAGUGUUUAUUUUCUUCUUCGGGGCCACCAGCACCACCAGCACCGACAGGAUGGCACAUUCACAGUGGGCAGCUAUCUUCGAGCAAAAGGCAAGUGCUCUCGCACACGGAGACUCCUGGAUUCUGCAGUUUGAUGACAGUCUUGUGCCUGACCGCCCGGACGCAGGCUGGCAGCAGUACAUCCGGACGACAUCUGCUUGGUUCACAUGCAUUGAUUGUGGAAGAGGCUGGCCUUCCAACCGUGUGAUGGUGGUCUUUCACAUGCGCCUGUCAGGCGGGCAGGGCGUCGUCAAGGUGAGGCGCUUCCGUCAGAACUGCAAGAUGUGCGAGGACGCUCCAAUGGACGAGCCCAGCGUCACCCCGGAGAACAUUGACAUCGCCCUGGAGAAUCUGAUGGAGAAGAUACGAAUUAAAUGCUACCAUGAAAACUUGGGCCAAGCAAACAGGCCUUUUGUGAAGAUGGAUGUCAAAAGUCCCCACGAACCUGAACAUUGUGAGGGAUGUAUGCAAGGCGUCUGUGAUAGGAGUUAAUUUGCAUUGCUUCUAAGCCGUCGUUUUGGUCAAUUUGAUGACACAAAAUGAUAUACCCUAUGAUAUAGUACAAUAACGAUAACAGAUAUAUCAUACUUAUUCGUAAUUAUUUGCAUGUGAACUUUUAGAUGUAUCUUCUACAGCAUUAAACAAGCCUUGUUUUCAUUUGGAAUGUGGUGGAUAAAUAAAGCGUAUACAAACAAUAA